UUCCAGUUUCCACAGUUUGCUUUCCAACAUCUUGCUCCUCCACUCAACGCUCUCACUCUCCUCACCCAUUCUCUUCUUCAAUCCCUUUGUAGAUCAGUUCAGACGCUUUUGUACAGAACUACAGUUUUCUUCAUUGGUAGCCACUAGCAAGGCUUACUAUACCUCCCAGAUCCAUGGAAAUAUAUGAAAAUUCAGCAACACAUCCUGGCAAUUCAAGACCACAGAUAAAUCCACAACCUAAUCCAUUUGGUAACAAACUUUAUGGUGCUAGUUCUGGACUUAUUAGAAGUGGACUGGGGGCAUAUGGAGACAGGAUCUUUGGAUCAAGCUCUGAGUAUGUUCAAAGCAAUAUAAGCAAGUAUUUUUCUGACCCCCAGUACUAUUUUCAAGUUAAUGGCUCCUAUAUCAGGAACAAAUUGAAGGUGGUUUUGUUUCCAUUUCUUCACAGAGGUCACUGGACAAGGAUUACUGAGCCAAUAGGAGGCCGGUUAUCUUACAAACCACCAAUGUAUGAUAUAAAUGCUCCGGAUUUAUAUAUUCCACUAAUGGCCUUUGGCACAUAUGUUGUUUUGGCUGGCUUCUCACUGGGCGUGCUUGGAAAGUUUACGGCAGAAGCUUUAAAUUGGUUGUUUGUUAAAGCAUUAUUAGCUUGGUUUGUGCAAGUUUUGCUGCUGAAAAUGUCAUUGUUGUCAUCAGCCAGUGGUGAAGCGCCAUUGCUGGACCUAGUUGCAUAUGCAGGAUAUACUUUUGCAGGAAUGUGUUUGGCUGUCCUUGGGAGGGUUAUCUGGCCCCAUUCCUACUAUUUCUUAUUGCCAUGGACUUGUUUAUGCAUGGGGAUAUUCUUGGUGAAGACAGCAAAGAGAGUUAUCAUCACUGGACAUGAUUCUAGGAAGCAUCAUUACCGUCUGCUUUUUAUAGCUUUGGCUCAAUUCCCUGUUUUUGUGUGGGUUGGUAAUAGUGGAGGCCAGUGGCUACUUUAAGUAAAGUUUCAUUUACUUGUGACCUCUCCGAUAUCGCCGUGGUAUCUUUGAAAUGUUGCUGCAAUGUUAUAUGUAUCACAUUUGAAGGAAAUUCUUCAGAAUUUUGAACCUUGGAUACUCUAAAUGUUGAAAAUCACUACUGAACUUAAGCAGAAAUGAAAAUCCACCUACUAUGUUCUAAUCUUGACUAUUUCUUCUACUUUUUUCUUUCGUUAGUAAUAAUAAUUAACUUAAUUAGAGCUACAGAGUUCUAUUUCUUGAGACUAGAAAAGUAAAUUUAUGCAAAUGCAUUAGUGUUUAUACGUAUUCUUGGUGUUUGGGGAGCAAUGAAUUUGCAAAACCCGUCACAUAAUACCUCCAGUAUUCCUCCUACACUGUGAAGCUGGCCGUUGUCCGCCCUGACACCAUGGUACAUGCUCUGGGCAGUUGAGGCAGUUGUGUGCAAGGCUAGCCCUUGCUCUUUCUCCUCUGGUCAUGAAUUCUGAUGGCAGAGUUCCCUCCAGGUAAUUGUACUCUAGAUUAAGAUUUCUCCAUACGCUUCUCAACCUUGGGCCAUAUGCCUUUGGAAUUUCACCAGAAAACUUAUUGUGCCCAAGAUUUAUUGUUUUGAGAUUCAGAUAUGUGAUUAUGUUCAGAGGCAAGUGGCCUUGCAGCAGAUUACCGUGUGCAUCAAGUACCUGAAGUUGUGAUUCUUUAGUACUCGACUUGGUCACCUCAAUUCUUGUGAAGUGGUUUGUUGAAACAUUUAUACGCAUCAACUCAGGUAAUGUGACUAUUUGAUGGCGUAUUGGUCCAGAAAAUCUAUUGUCGCUAAGAUCUAAUGCUGUAAGAGAUCGAAGCUUACUUAUGGCGGAAAUGUGGCCAGAAAGUAAAUUGUGUCCUAGCAACAAUAUUCUUAACCUUACAGGAAAUGGUGGUAGACCUGCAAAAAUCUGAUUACUGCUUAGAGCUAAAGUGUUGAGCUGCCACAGCCCAGAAAGGGAUUGAACCUGAGAGCCUGUUGUGCGAAACAUCAAAAACUUCCAGCUUCCUGAGCCUUUUGAUAUAUCUAGGCAAAGCGCCAGAGAAGAAAUUUUCAGAAAGCAGAAGCCUGGUAAUCUUCCUCAAAUUAACAACGCUAUCUGGAAUUGGCCCUCUGAACUUGUUUCUGCUUAGGUUUAAUGUAGUCAGCGCAGUCAGGUUUCCGAUCCCCGGUGUCAGGAACCCCUCCAGUCCAUCCCCUUCAAGAUCAAUAACUGAUAUCCUGCCACUUGAGUUGUCAGAUGGGGUCAUACAUAGAACGCCUAAAAAGUGCGUCCCUGUGGCUUCGCAGGGGUCUAAGUUUAAAUUCCAACUACUUAGAAAUGAGGCUGGCAGGAUGGAAUUCGGAUCAAUCGAGUCUUUGAAGGAUCUAAGAACUUGAACAUCAGAUUCUAAAGUUUUUGCAUUGAGAAAGCAUGGGUUCAAGGUUAGAAUUGUAGCUAAAGCAGUACUAUAUAAGCAAAGGCAGGUCAAGGAGAGAGCUGAUUUGGCCAUUUCACAAAAGGAAUUAGUCUAAAAUUGGGGUGACUUGCACAUCUGAUGAGAGCUCCUUAUAGGCAUGUAAAGUUGAUUGAAUAGAAUUAGGAUUAUCAUACUUUCUCAAAGAUGGCUCAUGAAAAAAUAGUUUUCUUUGAAGUAGGUUGCAAGUAUGGAAAGUGCCAACCACAAUGUUGUUUAUCCACUGAUUACCAUAAUUUUUACAACAUGCUUGGUUUACAAAAUAAGUUAAGAAUGGAAUAGCAUUCACGG